CCUCGCGAGAGACGACUAGCUCAUGCUCGCUGCAGGGGUCGGAGGUCAGGGCGAGCGUCUCCCGGGCCGAAGGAGGAAGAUGGCGGUGGAAUCGCGCGUUACACAGGAGGAAAUUAAGAAGGAGCCGGAGAAGCCGAUCGACCGCGAGAAGACCUGCCCGCUCCUGCUGCGGGUCUUCACCACCAACAACGGCCGCCACCACCGAAUGGACGAGUUCUCCCGCGGGAACGUGCCUUCGAGCGAGCUGCAGAUCUAUACCUGGAUGGAUGCAACCUUGAAAGAACUGACUAGUUUAGUAAAGGAAGUCUACCCAGAAGCCAGAAAGAAGGGCACGCACUUCAAUUUUGCAAUUGUGUUUAUGGAUCUUAAAAGACCUGGAUAUCGAGUUAAGGAGAUCGGCAGCACCAUGUCUGGCAGGAAGGGCACUGAUGACUCCAUGACCCUGCAGUCGCAGAAGUUCCAAAUAGGGGAUUAUCUGGACAUAGCCAUCACGCCUCCAAACCGGGCACCGCCUUCGUCAGGGAGGAUGAGACCAUACUGAAUUCUAUUGACUUUCUUGAAGUUAUUUUUCAGCCAGUUUGUAAAAUAAACUUACUUAAUCCUUUCUUCCCCUGGACUUUGCCAUUAAGCCUUUAAAUUUUCAACAAAUUGUAACACAUUUAUUUAGGAAUUAGAGUUGGAUGUACUUUGGUAUAUUAAAGAAAGUCCCUAUGUUUUAAGCCCUUCUGUAAAAUACGAAGAAAAGUGCUCUUAGCAUUCUGUAUAAAGCUGUGUUGUGAAAUACAUUGUUCAAUCAG